AUGGCCCCUAACGGAUUUGCCAUACUCAUCGGUGCAGGACCGACAUCCGGUGCAGGCAUUGCCCGCGUCCUCGCGAGUCCUCAACACGGCAACCUCGCCGUCGCUCUACUCGCAAGGAACCCAGACAAUCUCCAGAAUCUUGCAUCCGACCUUCGAAAAUCGUCAAACGGCAUCCUUCAUCCCUUCCCCACAGACACCCAGCCCGACAACCUCCGGCGAGCCUUCCAACAGGUCGCCGAUCACCCAGACUUCAAGGACCUGAAGCUGAAGUUGGCCAUCUACCACGUCAAGAACUCGAGCCGGAAGCCGUUUCUUGAGGAGACCCCCGAGGCGUUCAACGACAGCAUGAGUACCUACACCACCGGUGCCGUCGUCUUCGCGCAGGAGGCGCUGAAGCUUAUGUACGCCCAGAACGGCGGGCAGACACUCCUCGCCGACACCGAAGGCGCGAAGAAGGGCACAGUCAUUUUCACGGGCACCCUGGGUGCCCUGCGCACAAAUCAGCAAUACGCGGCUUACGGUGCCUCCCGAGCGGCGGCGAGGAUGGUGGCGCAGUCUAUCGCCAAGGAGCACAGCAAGUUUGGCGUACAUGUUGUCCACGCCAUCGCCAACGGCGGGAUCAUUGACGAGGAGAACGAAAACACAAAGACUGGCAAGAGUAUGCGUGCGGAGGACGUUGGCGAGUUGUACUUGUGGCUGUCACAGCAACCCAGCUCGCUGUGGACUCAUGAGCUGGACAUGAGACCGGCACAAGAGACUUUCUGA